GGUUUUUGGAGGGCCGUUUGCAACGCGGCGGGUUUUUGUCGGAAAAGUAGGAAAAACGGACGGAAAAACGCGGUGGUCAGGCAAUGUGGGAGUGUUGAUGGUUCUUGUGCUGUGUAUUCAUCGCGUAAUUACCAUAUCCAGGCUCCAGCAGCUGUAAAGUGAUCCACGGCGACGGUAAUAUUUGAUGAAUUUGCUGGAGAAUCUGUUGUUCGAUCUCGCGAUCCAGCUCGCAGUUACCUCCCACCGCAGCACGGGGGUUCAUAAACGGAGAGCCUCUUGGGACACUCGACCGGCUGGCACGCCUCACGCCGACCCCAGUGGCCAGUGAGUUGUUGAAGGGAACGUAGAGCGUAUAAGCGCGGCCAAAGAGUGUUCUGUGUGUGCGUGUGUGUAUGGUUGUUGGAAAGUGCUGAUUCGCUGCGUUAGAAAAUGUUUAAUUUUAUGAAGAAAGGUGUAGUGGGGGUAGGAGGAGGUAGCAGUGGCAGUAGUGGUAGUAACAGUAAUGGUGGUGCCAGUGGUAUGGGAGGUAGCGGUAACGGAAGCAAUAGCACCGCACUGUCACCAUCCUCCGGCAGUGGUGGAGGUUUCGCUCACUCCAUCCUCGGUGGUAGCGACGGUAGCGAGGAAAAGGAUCGCCGGAAGAAGGACAAGAAAGCGCGCAAGGAGGGAGGCGGCAAACAGUUGCUGCUCGGUGUCGUCGGUGGCGGAUCCAGCACGACCGGUGGCCAUUCGAGCAGUAUGAGCGCCGAAGAGCUACUGCGACUAGAUGAGGUUCGUCGCUCGUUGAAGAUCCGUGGCCGGCGGAAAGAGAAGGAAAAGCUACCGAGUGGCAUCACGGCCGAUUACAGUGCCUCGUUCUUCGCCCAGCUCGACGUAGACCAUCGGGAGUUAGAUCGUGGAACGGAGGAAGUGCUGGCCGUUGCAAACACAACGACCUACAUCGACCGGAAUGGCGAAAUGGUAGAGCGGGUAUCAUUCAGCAGUACCACGACCACCCACCAACCGCCCACGUCACCCUACUCCGAUGGAGGAUACUCUCCGGAUCAUCACUAUCACCAGCAACAGCAGCACCAAUCGUCACAUCACCAACAGCAGCACUCCACAAAACAUCAAACGCUGCCUGCAGCGAGCGGUAAGACCGGUUCAUUCCCUCCGGUACCACCCAGACCACCGAAGCGAGGAAUACUGAAAGGAUCGCGCGUUAAUCUAGCGACCGACGGUGCUGGUGGUGGUACGGCUUCACCGUCAUCCGCUACCUCACCGAACGCCUCAGCCAAUCAUCAUGGUCUAGCGGGGGCUUCGACAGCGUUACUGCAUCUCCUGGGAUCACCAUCGCCGAGUGCGGACAGUCUCACCGAUACGACGACAACGACCACGACCAACUCCUCCUUUGCUACGCCCCCGUUCUCGCUCAGUCCGGUCGGUGAAUCGCAAGGUUACGAUGGACGCAUCGGUCGUGUUUUCCCCUUCGAUGAACCGACCGGAGCUGGUGCUGGAGGGAUUGGUGGUUCUCCGGCGGCACUCUCGUUACCGCCACUCCAUCUGCAACCUCUGCCACCGCCUCGUACGCUUACGAUUCAGCGCCAGAAAGCACCUCGGAACGAUUUCGGAUUCAGCCUCCGGAAGGCGUUCGUGCUGGAUCGUUCUGGCGGUGGUUACGCACCUUCGACGAAAGGAUCAAGGCUUCGUGCGAUCAUCUUUGCGGAACCGAGCUCGACGGGCACGAUACAGACGGGUCUGCUGCCCGGUGAUCGUCUGCUUGAAGUGAACGGUCAACCGGUGGAAGAGCUGAGCCGUGAGGCGAUCAUUGAGAUGAUCCGUAGCAGCGGAGAUGCGGUCACGGUGAAGGUACAGCCGAUCGCCGAGCUGAUUGAGCUAUCACGGCGCUUCGUCACCAUCAGUGGAUCGGCCAGCGUUGGUGAUUGUAGCACGUUGAAGCGUAGCGCCAGUCGUCGGUUUCUACACAAACCGUCUCCGCUUUUCGGUGGAUCAAUCCUAUCCGGUGAAGGGCCUGGUGGGGCACCAGGUGGCGUCAGCGGCGGUGGCCCCGUUGGUCGUGUAUGGUUACUCCAUCGGGGAGGGUUUACGGCCGCUCUACGUCAGCAACUGUCACCCUCGACCGUACCGAUGCCCUCUCAUCACGCCCAGGGUGGAAAGGUGUGGAUCCGACUGGAAGGUGGCACCGGCGAGGAGCUGUUGAUCGAUGAGGACGAUCUGGAGGUAGCCAAUUCACCAGCUUACGAUCUCGUGGAAGAUCUGUGCCAUCUGGCGCACCUAAACGAAUCAUCGGCACUCCACGUACUUCGGCAGCGGUACGCCAACAAUCUGAUCCACACCCGUGCCGGUCCGGUUCUGCUGAUCAUCAAUCCGAUGGCACCGCUUGCGCUCUACUCCGAGAAGGUCGCAUCGAUGUUCCGGGGCUGCAAAGCGGAAGACGAUAUGCCACCGCACAUCUUCUCCCAGGCACAGACGGCCUACCGGGCGGCGCUCGAAACGCGGCGCGAUCAAAGCAUCAUCUUUAUGGGCCGUUCCGGUGCAGGCAAAACGACCAACUUCAAGCACGCACUGUAUUACCUUACGUUGGCAACGGCCGCUGGUUCGGGAAGCAGCUCCACCGCCCGUCCGCUAACGGUGGAGAAGGUGAGCGCGAUCGGUACGAUCCUCGAUGCGUUCGGUAACGAGCGAACGGCACUCUGUGGCAAUGCGACCAAGUUUACGCAGAUCUUUGCACUGGACUUUGACCAUGCCGGUCAACUGGUAGCCGGUUCGAUCCAAGUGCUACCCAUCGAUCGUAUGCGACCGUCCGGUGUCGCUAGUGGAACGGCUGGUAGUGCGCCCCGCUGGAGCUUCCUCGCCGGAGUGGAUGUUGGUGCCCUGCGGAAGGAACUGUUGCUGGAACCUGCACUUACCGGGGGUAGUGCUGUUGGUGGUGUUGGUAGCGCUUCCGGUGCAAUGGUGCAACAGGAAACGGCCGACUAUCAACGAUUGUGCCAAGCGUUCCGUACGCUCAAUGUGGAUCCAGCUGCCGUUCGAGGCGUAUGGUUCGUCCUGGCGGCCAUCUACCAUCUUACACAAUCGGGUGCGGUUAUGGUGGCUGGUCGGGUACAGUUCGUGAAUCCACGGGCGGCCCAGAAAGCGGCCUCACUGCUCGGUGUUCCCAUCGAUGAGCUGCUCGGGUAUAUAUGGCCCGAGGUAGCCAACGGUGGUAACAAUGGCACCAGUGCCAGUGGUGGUCAAUCCGGCGUUAGUGGUGGUGGACAAUCGAAAGCCGGGGCCACAUCGGCGGCAGCAGCCGAAGCGUUGAACGCGUUCUGCGAGGCACUGUACACCGAGCUGUUCUACACGAUCGUUGGGUUGAUCAAUAAAUCCAUUAUGGCCGCUACACCGCAUCAGACGAUCGGUUCCGUGCUGCUCGUCGAUGUGCCCGGUUUCCAGAAUGUGGCCAGUGUUGGGAGCGGGAUCGGUACCGGUAUUAGCACGCUCUCCGAUCUACGGUUCAACUAUCUGCACGAACGGUUGCAGCUGCUGUUUCAUAAUGCGAUGCUGGUGCAACCGCGCCAUCGUUACGCUCAGGAGAUGGUGACGGUCGAUGAGUCGCUCGGGCUGACGGAAGCUGGUGGUGGUACUGGGUCCGGUUCGGCCGGUGGUGGACCCUCACCGAUGGUUGCGUUGUUGGAUAAGAUUCCACAGAAUCACGAACCACGCAAAGGCCUGCUGUGGAUGCUGGAUGAGGAGCAGUUGCUGGGAAACACUGCGGCUCUGCAUUCGGUCACCAAAACCAACAACAACAACAACAACAAUGUUCCCGACGAACUGGACGACGAUCCCGCCAACGAUCGUGAUGCACGGUUCAUGGAGCGCCUCUUCGCAGCGUACGGUGAUCGGGAAUCGCGUGAAACGUUACUUCUGCGUGCGAGCGUUCCGACAGGAUCGUGCGAUGUGGUACUGCAGCAUCUGCUCGGCACCAAUCCGGUACUGUACUCGGUUUCGAGCUGGCUCAAGGAGGCGGCCGCACAAGCCCUCUACCUACCGCAGCGUGCCCUCAACUGUCUGCGUGACAGUGGAAAGCCGGAAGUGAGCGGCCUGUUCGUCGGGACGCUCGGUGGUGCCAUGGAAUCAUCGUACGCCUGGGGUGGAUCAUCGCAGCAGCUCCAGCAGCAAUCGUUGCGCCGUAUGAGCAGCAUCCGUCGUACGACCUACACCGGCAGUGGUUUCCCGAAGCGGAACGGUGUGGUGGUACAGGUGAAAUAUACCGUCGAUUGUCUCAUCGAUACGUUACGCCGCACGGGGAUGCACUUUGUGUAUUGCUACCUACCGCAGCACAACGGUGGUACCGCAUUUGCUUCGGGCAUCGAUCCGGUGGCAACGUCAGGGCUAAGCAGCGGAGCCUCUCUCGGCACCGGAAACGAGCUCAUCAAAACAGAGGAGGACAUCAUUAACAUUCCAUUGCUGCGCAGUCAGUUCCGCGGCUCGCAGAUGCUGGACUUUGCGCGUCUGUAUCGCUUGGGCUUCCCGAUCAGUGUGCCGCUGGGUGAAUUCGUCAUUCGCUUCGGUCUGCUAGCGGAGGGAGCUACCGGUAGCGGUAGUACUGGUGAAACGGCCGGCAAUGGUGGUGGUACCGCUGAAGCGGCAACGGUGGACAGCAUCCUUAGUAACUGCGAGGUCGAUUCAUCCGUCUACCGGAUUGGCACAAGUCUGGUUUUCUUCCGUUCCGGUGUGCUGGGUGCGCUGGAGGCGAAACGCGAUGAGCUACUGUCGGACCGGGUUAUUCAGCUGCAGGCCCACUGCCGGGGUUACCUCGCUCGCCGGCGCCUGGCACGCCGCCGGCUACAGGAGCUAGCCGUCCGGUGCAUACAGCGGAAUGUGCGCGCCUUCCUGAAGGUGCGUGAUUGGCCCUGGUGGCGGCUGCUGGUGCGCGUUAUGCCACUGCUGGCCGUCCACCGGACAGAGGAGCAGCUAGUGGCCGCUACUGCCGAACUGCAGCAGGUGCGCGCCAAGCU